AUGCCGACGCCAUCACUACCCCGUCAUCGCGCCAGCUCUGCUGCUGAUUCUAAUCUCGACGCCCUUCAUCCGAUCCUAGAGAACUUUCAUUUGCCAGUUGAGCUCGAGGGAGCCCCAAAACGUUCGGGUGUCCACAAUCUACUCAGAGAAGGCUGGGAUGAAGACCAAUGCCGCAGAUUUCCCCUUAAGCAUGCCUCGGUCCCUCGAGACCUCAAUUAUAAGGAUGGAUUAAUGGUAAUUCACCCUCUACUUCAGGAGCGUUUUGGGGAUGAAAACAUGGACUUGGCCAUUGGAGUCCUUGAAGAGUGA